UGCGUGUCAAAUACGGACAAGCGGGGCUGUAUGUGGCUGUGUGUCACUUAAUGGCCUUUGGACAAGAAUAACAUGUUUAACUUUACAUUUAAUCACGUGUAUCUGGUUAUAUUAAAAAAUAAAACAUGUCCUAUGGUAGCAGGUUGAAUGUGGCAGUAGUAGCCUACUGUGUCCAGUGCACUGUGGAUGUAUCGAAAGUUGCAAACCAAAUUCCAAAACUGGGUAACGUCAAUCGAGAUGCAAUCGCUUUACAAUAGUAAAAUCCAGACAUUUGUUGAGUUUAAAAUUUCAAAUGCUAUUAGUUUGUUAGUUUUUCUCAUAAGUGUCCUAGCGAUUUAUCGGUGAUCAGCUACUCAAGUCUUCCAGGACGUUUAAUCGAUUGCGGAGUGGCAGAUCGCAUGAAGGAAGCUGCUCUGAAGCUAAAAUGACUUUCAACAGGAUAUUCUCUGGAGCUGCUUUCGUCGGCAAAAUUGGAUCCAGGUCUGUAUUCACAAGCUCCAAGCCUGACAGUGGUAACCCCAACUGGUUGAGAGUGGGCCUUGCCUUUGGAACAUCUGCUCUCCUUUGGGGCCUGCUCUUCAAGCAGCACAGUGCGGAUGUACACGAGUACAAAGUGAGGAAUGGCCUGGAGUAACCCAGCACGCUGGGGUCGUCAGGUCCUGUCUAUGGGAUGCACCUGUUUGUCUGCUUCUUUCUGUUUCCACUGCUCUAAAUUCUGUGUAAAAUAAAAAAAUCGAACAUGUGAAAUAUA